AUGUCAUUCCUCACUCACAUAAUUAAAUUCUUGGCUAGUGUUAAGAAGACGACGAAAGGUGAGUCAAAUAAAGCCAUACAGUUUGUGUCUGGAAACUUAAAGCUCCAAAUAAUCUCUGGUUGGUUACAGGUUGGUGUUGCGAGGAUUACCAAACAGCACAAAGAAAUAAAACGAAAGAACGAAGGCGAGAGAUGGAAAAGGUCAAAACAUUAA